ACAAGCUACCAGGAAGAAUAAAACAAACCGAAAGUUGUAUCAUAAUGAAGUUAAAACAAGUCUUGAAGAACAUGAAGAUGUAAAAGUAAUCUGCAGACCAUAUUUGGCUACACUGUAGGAAUGGCCACUGCCACCAGCCAGGCACAGGAACUCAUAACCUGUGACCUUUGUGUCAAACCUGUCCAGCAAUUCUGUAACAGCUGCCAAGUCGGUCUGUGUGAAGACUGCAUCAACAAACAUGUCAAGAGCCUCAAGUCCAUGAAGCAUGACAUUGUUCCUUUCACAAAGCGUACAGUACAGCUUGUGUUCCCUCAGUGUACAUCUCAUUCCCACCAGAGAUGUGAGGCCCACUGUCAACAGUGUGAUGUCCCGGUCUGCAUCAAAUGUAUCACUAGUUCUAAACAUAAGACACAUGAUAUUGUUGACAUGGCAGACAUCAUCGCUACAAAGAGAGAAAAUAUCAAAAGAGAAACUGAAGAAAUUGAUAGCGUUUUGUCAAAGAACUGGACACAAGACAAAGGCAUUGAAAAUAAAAUUUCCAAAUUCAUGGCCCAUUAUGCAGAUUUACAGAAACAGACAAAUGAUCAAAGAAAUCAAUGGCACCUAGAGGUGGACAACAUAUUUAACAAAAUGGAAUCCCUGAUCCAGUCACUCAGAGAUCAUCAUAUAACCACUUUGAAAUCAUGCCAGGCCAAACUCGGAAGUCAGAAUUCCAGUAUGAUCCAAACUAUUCAAGAAAACAAAGAAAUCCUGAUGUCCAACAAAGUAUCUGAUAUAAACAACUACCAAUCUAAACUGAAGGAAUACAGAAACAUUCCACAAAUACCUGAUUUACCAUUGCCCUCUCUUCAAACAAACACAGUCCAAGGGAGAGAACUCAGCAUAGAAUUAGGAGAAUACAAGGCUACACUGACACAGACAUCACUAUCCAGUCUGACAGAUGAAGUCUCCUUUUUAUCUGUUAAGGAAUUAUUAGAAGCCAAAGUGAUUGCAAACAUUCCAACAAAUGUUAAAAACUUACUUAAAGUGGCCUGUGUAGGAUCAGAUAAAGCUUGGGUUAAUGGAAUAGACAAAAUGAUAACCUGUGUGGACAUACAUGGAGCUGUACAAGACACUGUCACCAGUACAUGUAAGGACUUCCCUAGUGACAUUACAGUGACCAGACAGGGAGAACUGAUAUACAGUGAUUAUAUCAAUAGAACUGUGAACAUUGUCAGAGAUGGGAAGGUAGAGACACUGAAAAUCACACCAAGGGGCUGGCAUCCAUCAGGACUGUGCUGUACCAGGUCAGGGGACAUCCUAGUUAGUAUGUGUACUACUGAUAAUAGUCAUUAUAAAAUAGUCCGUUAUCAGGGACAGAGAGUGACACAGGAAAUAGAUAAAGAUGAACACGGGGAUCCAAUCUAUCAAGGAGGAAAAUAUGGAGUGUAUGUGGUGGAGAACAACAAUGGAGACAUAGUGGCCUCUGAUCUUAAUGCUAGAGCAGUGGUAGUGGUGGACAGGACAGGAAAAGUCAGAUUCAGAUACAACAACAAACCUCCAGGGGGAAAGAAAUCAUUCUGUCCUGCACAAAUAGUGACAAACUCCAUGGGUCACAUCAUUGUUGCUGAUGAAUUCAAUAACUGUCUACACAUCCUAGAUCAGAAUGGACAGUUCCUGAGAUGUGUGGAUAAUUGUGGACUAGACCAUCCUAUUGGACUGAGUGUGGACAGUGAGGAGAGGGUGUGGGUAGGGUUGUGUGUUUCAGGGGAAGUGAAAGUCAUCCAGUAUAUGAAAUAAGCAGCAAAUGUUUAUUCCAUAUGAAAUGUGUAUAUUAUAAGUACAUUGCAUGAAUAAAACAUUAUGACACUUGUG